AUGCACAAAUGCUAUGGCGAUCGAGCAAAGCAUUUUUCCGUUUNCUCUUCCCCCAGCAAGCAUCUCCGUAAGAGAAAACCAUCGAAAUCCCCACCCGCCGAUCCCCACCCCGAGCUCGGCGACCUCCUCCCCCGGGUUCUUGACCUCCUCGCCACCGUGCUUUGCCGCCUCCGCCUCGCCGAAUUCCCGGACGCCCGCAAGUCCUUAAUCGAGACUCUUACCACCAUCCUAACAUCACAGCAUCGCCUUUCGGAUCGCUGCUUCCUUAUACUCCAAAUUCUACUCUCAAGGCCUGAACAUGGUGAUCCGACUGCCACGGCAGCCGAGGUUCUUCGUUCCCUUGCCCCGAUCAUCCUCUCUCCUACGAAAUCCCCCAUUAGGGCAGCCGCCGUCGGGUUUGUUACCAAAAAGGUGGCGCCUUUGAGCCGGGAGAAUGAAGGGGUGAGGAGGGCUUUAGUGUACCUCCCACGGUUCUUGGCCAUGAAGGCGCCAGAGAAAGCCGAGCCCAGAGCUUGUGCUGUGGACUCUAUUAUGGAGAUUCUCCGUUCUAUGGUGGAUGAGGAUCGGAUUGGGUUCGCUGAAUAUGUGGUUAAGAUGACAGAAGGGAAGACUCAGCUUAGAUUAGUAGCUGUUGAUCUCAUUCCAGCACUCUUGAUGUCUCUGCCUGACCCAUUUUUGCUGAAGGUUUCUGGGGAAGCUGUGGGUGCCAAUUGGGUGUCGGGAUGCUUGGAGGCAUUAGUAAAGCGGUGCUCCGAUUCGGUCGGAGCUAUCCGAGCUAGGGCUUUGAUGAAUCUUUCUCAAGUAGCGGGUUUGCUUCCAGAGGAUGAAGAGAAGCGAGAAGCACUGCGGGAGAUAAUGGGAGUAGGGAAUGGUGGUUUUAGCAAGCUAUUGAGGAGGAGGUGUGUUGAUGAUAAAUCUGCAGUGAGGAGGGCAGCACUUUUGCUAAUCUCAAAGUUGAUGCCACUGAUUGGAAAGCAUGUCGAUGAAUCGCUCCUCACGACGAUUGGGUCAGCUUGUUCUGACCCACUAGUCAGUAUUCGUAAAGCAGCUCUGGCAGCUAUUUCAGAGGUUUUUAGAAGUUAUCCCGAUAGUAGAGUGACGAGCGAAUGGCUUCACACAGUCCCACCCUUGAUAGUGGAUAAUGAAACAAGCAUCCAGGAAGAAUGUGAGAAUUUAUUUCUUGAAUUAGUCUUGAAUCGAAUCUCCCGAGCUGCAAAUGUGAAACUGAAUGAUGAUACAAUGGAUUGGGAUUUGAUAUUUCCUAAAAGUACAUUGGAGUUGUUAAAGGGGUUUUCCAAUGGGGAAUUGGCUCCAUGCGUAAAGAAGAUAUGUACAAGCCUUGGAAAGAAGAAAAGGCUAAGCCCGUCAAUUGCUAGAUCACUUCAAAACAUCAUAACAACUUCUGAAUCUUUAUGCUUAAGAAGUUCAAUGCCAAUAGGGAAGUGGACGGCCCCAAGGGGAGCUUGGUGGCUUCUUUCCCAGGUCUCAUUGUUCACGCCCAAAGCAGUAGACUGGAAGUUCCUUUGUCAUCAUUGGCAGCUUCUUGAUAAUGUUAUCCAAGAGGAGAAAGGUGAAGUACCUGAGAAACAGGAUGAAAACCCUACUUCGUGGGCUAUAGAUCGUGUUUCUCUCUUAGAAGCGAUUUCAAAUGUUUCCCUGGAGUUGCCUGUCGAACCUGCUGCUGAGUUGGCUCACAACUUGCUGGCACGUAUUGAGAAUUUUAAUAUGCACUUAAGUGAGGUUGAUGCUCAUGUAAAAGCCCUAAAAGUUUUAUGCAAGAAGAAGGCCACAAAGCCCAAAGAGGGUGAAAAGCUCGUGCAUAAAUGGGUGCAGCAGCUGCUAUCCAAAGCUGUGGACAUUCUUGACAGCUAUAUAUAUGAGGUUUCAGAAAGCAAGAAGGAAAACAACUUCUUGACUCCUCUAAGUGGCAGGAGGAAGGGCAAGAAAGGAAAAUCUGCAUCAAAAACUAUGCCACAAGCAGUUACUGCAGUCUUCACAGUUGGGUCAUUGGUUCUAGCUUGCCCAUCAGCUGAUUUUCAGAGCAUUGUACCUUUGGUACAUACUAUAAUAACGUCAGGAAAUUCUGAACCAAGACCGAGAAAGCUUGUGGGACUAACUGUUUCAUUCAAAGAGGUGGCCCCUACUUUGUAUGUUCAAUCAUGGGCUACGAUGGCAAAAAUAUGUCUUAUCAAUGAUAAGCUAGCAAAGCGUUAUAUCCCACUCUUUGUGCAGGAGCUAGAAAGGAGUGAUUGUGCAGCCCUUCGCAAUAAUAUUAUGGUUGCGAUGGCAGAUUUUUGUGUUCGGUACACGGCAUUAGUUGACUGUUAUAUCAAUAAAAUCACAAUGUCAUUACGCGAUCCUUGUGAAGUAGUGAGGAGACAGACUUUCAUCUUACUUUCAAAAUUAUUACAAAGAGACUAUGUGAAGUGGAAAGGGGUUCUCUUUCUUCGGUUUUUACCAUCUCUGGUGGAUGAUUCUGAAAAGAUAAGGCAUCUGGCUGAUUUCCUAUUCGGGAGCAUCUUAAAAGCUAAGGCACCACUUCUGGCAUAUAACAGCUUCAUAGAAGCGAUUUUAGCUCUAAAUGAUUGCCAUGUACAUGCUGGGCAUAGUGACACUCAGGCAGGUUCAUACCAAGGGCCUCUACUUUUUGCGAUAAGAGGCACCGAUGAGAGAUCGCGGUCGAAAAGGAUGCACAUCUAUGUUUCCUUGUUAAGGCAAAUGGCACCUGAGCAUCUUUUGGCCACUUCGGCUAAAUUAUGUGCUGAGAUCUUAGCAGCUGCUUCUGAUGGCAUACUCGAUGUUGAUGACAUCACUGGGCAAGCCGUAUUUCAGGACACUUUACAAAUUCUCGCCUGCAAAGAGAUGAGACUCCAUUCAAACCGCAGCCCGGAAGCAUCUGAGAUGGACGAAGACAGCAACAAUGGUUCUGCAGCAACUGCAAAAGGGAGGGUGGUCACUCAAGUAGCAAAGAAAAAUCUAAUCCAAAUUGCCAUCCCCAUAUUCAUCGAGCUAAAGCGGCUUCUUGAAAGCAAGAACAGCCCCCUCACUGGCUGCCUGAUGGAUUGCCUUCGAGCUCUCCUCAAGGACUACAAGAAUGAGAUCGAGGAGAUACUCGUCGCAGACAAGCAGCUCCAAAAGGAGCUCCUUUAUGAUAUGCAAAAGCAUGAGGAUGCUGCUGCUGCGAAGGCCAAAUCACCAGCAGCGGCGACGGAGGGUGGUCCAACACCACCAGCAGCCAUGAGGUCAGUGAUGAGGGAAGUAAACCGAAAACCGUCGACCCCUCCCCUCUCUUUGAUGAGCUUGCCCAAGGUUAAGUCUGCCAACAAUGGUGGUGCAAUACUAAAUGGUGAGCGGCCCCCCAAUUUGUUGGAGUCUUUGCGGCGCAGGCAAUCAUUUGAGUCUGACGAUGAGAAUUAGCAGAGACUUCUAUUCAGAAUAUUGGUCGCGUUCGAUUGCUUUAGAUGUAUAUAGUAAGAGAUUUGCUUCUCUCUCUUGGACUCAGUCAAGUUAUAUGCUAUACUUGUGCACGUUUUACAUGCAUGUAAGCCAAGUGAUCUAUCACUUGUCAGGGUGAUGUGCAGUUUGCCUGGUGCUGUGGGCUCUGCACAUUGAUUCAACCAAUCUGAUACUGGAACAUUUUACAUGCAGGUAAAACUUUCAUCGGUGAAGCAUUUUCCUUUUCAAUUAGUAAGAUCUAACUCUGACAUGCAUUCUCCUCUUGAAUCUUG